AUGGAAGAGAAGCAUCCAGGCGACAAUACACGCUUAACCACCGUGGCUCGCCAGAGUUAUACCAGCACGACCGUCUACAACACAAUCUUCACCACCCCAGGCGGCUACUGGAAGCUGCCCAACUACGAACACCUGUCGGCCAAGGAGAUGAUUCAACUCCUCAAGGACCGCAACUACUACAUCGGCGGCCAAACCAACAAACCCGCGCUCCUCCUCCACCUCGACCGCACAGAUCGUGGCCUUCUGAGCUACGUGAGCAUCCCCAGCACCAUCCUAAGAGGCUUCAUGCACUCUCGGGGCUUGUCUAUCCCAGGCGGCGGCAAAGGGUACCGUCACGGACUCCAGCAAGCCCUGGUCACCGCAGACGACAACCCGACGUUCGAUCGCUUCCUGGACCUCCCGCCUGAGCUACGCAUGAUGAUCUACACCUUCCAUUUCGCAGACUACCCCCGGCCGAUGCACGCCCCCGAACAACCACCGGUCACGCGCGUCAGCAGUCUGAUCCGGAAGGAAGCCCUUCCCAUCUUCUACUUCACCCUCCCCUUCCAGCUCAACAUGCUCCUAGCCGAACCAACCACCUUCUUCUCCGGCGGAGGACUGCGUCUCAAAGUCCCGCCGCGACACACGCGCCUGGAUCGACGGCACGGCGGAGCAGAACCUCGCAGCCAUCCAGUCCGCCCGGCUCAGGGAAUUUGCGAGCGAUGCGUGGACGACGGAGCGGGAUGUGUUGGUGCAGGUGGAGAUGGAGUGGUGCAAGCGGGAUGCGAGGGUGAAGACGAGGGUUAG